AUGGUCAAGCGGCCCAAAUCCCCUCCGAUCGAGGAAGACACGCGACUUUUCACCGUGUACCAGCCAUAUCCCCUCAAUGCUAACUUCGAGAUCGAAGACAACCAAAAGGAGUGCGCUCUGUGGGUCGCAGAGAUUAUCGGGAAUCAAUACCAUAUCGUGAUUUACCACAAGCCCAAAUCGCGAGGCAUGAUCCUGCUGGAAAUACCUAAAGCGUUCACGGAUCACGGCCUUUUGCUUGGCGAGCACCGCUGGGGCGAGUUUCUGAAGAAUCCGACAGAUGAAGAGCGCGUGCGAUAUACCCAGGUGUUCCACAGCUUUUACUCGACAGUUCGAGACGCCCAGAAAGACGGGUGGCUGGAAGAACCAGCUAAGACCAGCUGGUACAAAGGUUGGGCACCUGGUGAUGGAUUGAUUGCGCAGCCAUAUCAUCACACCCACUGGUGCCAAGUUCCAAUAGAAGACAAAACAAACAAGACGCUCUGCCGACCCCUUCCAGUAGAGAAGAAACCCCCGCCUCCUCGGGCACCACCCCCAGUGGUUGGUUCUACUCAAUGGGUUAAAAAGCAAGUCGUAGCUUCUCCACCCCCUGCGGCGGACAGAAUGCCGCCGUUGAAUAUUGCCAAGGCGAAUCAAGGUCCUCUUCGAAGUAUGACUGUCAGGUCUCCAAACGCGACUUCUCCGCAGACAUCGAACACAGCCUUAUUCCCUCUGCCUCAAAGUGCGAAGGCUACUACGCCUACACCGAAGUCUCCGCCCUCGGCCACGAUGUCCUCUGGCAAGAAGACUUGGAGCAAGCCAGUCCCGUUGCAGAAGUUCAAAUCCGCGGAACCUACAGCUUCCAAAGGAGGUAAACCUGCCUGGGGUGGUCAGAAUCUCCAAAAGUCCGCCUCCGCCUCUGGUGCAAAAUCUCCAUUGGCCGAGCCUGCACCUACCGGACCUGUCAAUGCAUGGGCGAAGCAACUCAAGAUAGCUCCUGAGAAACCAUCGAAGCAGUACCCUGCUGGAGAAUCGCCUUUCGAGAGGCCUGUCGACUUGUUUGGAGAGCCUUCCUUGGAUGCAUGGUUCGAACCGCCCUCCUCGAAGGGUCGCGGGUCAAGCUCCCCUGGGUCGAACAACUCUCCAUGGAGUACGCGACCACCUUCUCCUGGCAAGGUCCAGACAGCACCGCAGCAGCACACCCAGGAGCAAGCCAACCAAGGAUCGAAGAGCAAAAGGAAGAAGAACAAAGGCAAGACGGCUGCUGAAGCGUCCGAAUCUCAGCCUGCUCCACCCCAGCCUGCCGUCCCCGAACUUGUAUUCGUUGAAGUCCCAGGUGGACUACCCGAGCUUGAAGGAUUCGACGACGAAGAGAACCUUGAAGACCUCGAAAUCAGUGCUCUCCAUCCCUGGGAGGCCGAGGCCGCCGAAUCAACGUCAGGUGACCAGGCCACCUCUCCAGAAGAGCCGAAGACACCCCUUGAAGACGGCGGCGAGGACCAGUGGGCGAACCUUUGGCAUGACGAGGACGGUGGUAGGAAGAAGGCCCCUGAGCUGAUCUGCCCGACGCACAAAAUCGCGUGCCGCAAAGGCAUCUGCAGGGACAUGGACAAACUUGUGAAGAGCAAGGCAAGGGAGAAGGCGGAGGCGGAGCGUGCGGCUGGUGGGAGAGGGGGCCGAAGAGGUAACUGGCGUGAUAGAGGACACAAUCGGAGAAACUCAAACACCAGGCCUACCGAGGAUAACAACAACCGCGCCAAUGGAAACCAGCCACAGGAAGAUAAUGAUGGAUAUGUUAUUGUAGCAGGUAGAUCUGGUCGAGGUGGCCAGCGCGGACGCCGUGGGGAUGCAGGUGGGAACCAGCGUGAAGGAGGAGAACCGUUCCGCCAUCAAAUGAGGGGGUUUAACAACGGCGACACCGCGGACGAUUAG